ACAUAUCCAUUUGCCAUUGGUCGCAAAAGCCAGUACACAUCCAUCAGUAAAAAUAUAUACAAACAGCAAAAACUAUCGUGCAGAAUGCUGCAAAAUGUUGGCCUCCAAAAAUUGUGUUUGCUGAUAUAACUCAUGCCCUUUUUCAUUUUCUAAACCCAAAAAAAUUCACCACAAGUGCCAUCGCCAGCCAGCGGAUCAUCAAGACGUAAAUAAUGUACUCCCCAGCGGAAAUUGAGAAGAAGCGGCUGCUGGCGCAACAAAAAAAGGCCCAGCUGACCCAAAAUCGAAUGAAAAAUACUCAACCAAUGAAACAAUCCAUGACCCCGACUAAAGGACGUCCCUUAAGUAACGCAGGUUUUAAUAAAUCGGGGAAUAAGUACUCAGCCUAUAACAGUUCUUCCCCCGGGGUCAAGAGAAAAUGGGAAUCAAAGGAUACAUCUGGAAAUAAUCCGAAACAUAUCAAGCACUUGACGACAGUUCCGCCUGACAGUUUUUUUGGUAAAACAGAGAGGCUUAAAGCAGUAUGCAAGAUGAUAACAAGUGCUAGAUUCGAAGUUGAAGUGCCAUAUCAUACCCAACUCGUUGAAUUCUUCAAGACAAUUCCCACCAAAUCGUACGACCAAAAGACAAAACACUGGAAUUUCCACAUCAACGAUUACUCGUCAUUAAUUAACGGGAUGAAAUCCCAAUUUACUGGGCACAUCGAUGUCUCGGGCAUUCCGAAUUUCAUUCUCCAGACAUUCAAAAGUAAUCUGGAGAAGAAAUCUGAUUUGAAGGAGGUAGAUCUCUCGAAAAUAGAUAAUGUGUUGAUAUCCAAACUGAUGCCUUUCCAGCGUGAUGGAAUUCUCUUUGGAAUUGAAAAGCGUGGACGCUGCAUGAUUGCUGAUGAGAUGGGUCUUGGCAAAACAAUCCAAGCCCUCGGGAUCGCACAUUAUUUCAGGGAGAACUGGCCUUUGCUCAUCGUCACACCGACAUCAGUAAGAAAUCAAUGGUCAGAUGCAAUUUGCGAGUUCCUGCCAUCCAUUCCCUAUCAGCACAUCUUUCGUUACUCCAGUGGAAAAGAUCGUCUUGAUAAGGAGAAGAUUACGAUUGUCUCAUACGAUUUAUUAUCCAGAAAUAUUCAAGCUUUUGAGCAGAAAGCCUUCGGCUUCGUCAUCUUCGAUGAAUCCCACACACUGAAAAGCCAUAAAACCGAGCGAACAAAAGCAGCACAGCGAAUAGCAUCAACAGCAAGACACGUUCUGCUAUUGACAGGAACUCCAGCCCUGUCGAGGCCCAUCGAGAUAUUCUCCCAGAUCUGCUUGGUGAAGCCUAACUGGUUGAAAAUUCAUGACUACGGUGUUCGAUACUGUGAAGCUAAAAAAGGACAAUUCGGCUGGGAUUACCAGGGAGUUUGCAAUACGUCAGAGCUUCAGCUGCUUCUCAAAGCCUCAUUCCUCAUCAGAAGACUGAAAUCAGAGGUUCUAACGCAGCUCCCUGAGAAGCAACGCCAAGUCAUCAUGCUGGACCCUGAAUUAAUAAAGGAAGGGACCAAAGAGAUGAAGAAAAUGGCUGAAAGUCUUCAGGCAAAUACGUUGAAAGGUUUCGAGAAGCAUUCUGAACUCUUGAGGUACUAUUCCGAGUCGAGUAAGCAGAGGUUGACAGCUGUGGGGAACUAUGUCAGGGAUUUGAUCGAUAAGAAAGAGAAAUUUAUCAUCUUUGCGCAUCAUCAAUGUGUUCUUGACAAAAUUUCGGAAGUUUUGGAUAAGAAUGGGAUCAGAUACGUUCGUAUCGAUGGCAAGACAUUACCAGACGCGAGGAAACAAAGUGUUGAUGAAUUUCAAGUGUCUGAGAAUUGUUUAGCUGCUGUUUUAUCGAUAACUGCUGCUAAUUCUGGAAUUACACUGACUGCUGCUAGUCUCGUUGUAUUUGCUGAGCUCUAUUGGAAUCCUGCGGAGUUGACGCAAGCUGAAGCCAGAGUUCAUCGCAUUGGUCAACGAAAUUAUGUAGUGAUUCAGUAUCUCAUAGCUAAAGGCACAGUAGACGAUAUCAUCUGGCCUCUCCUCCAGACCAAGGCAAACUUUCUGCAGAAGGCUGGCUUGGACCAGAAUUUCUCACUCUCUCAGGCAGAGCUCAGGCAUCAGCCCAACCAGGAGCCCUUCACCUCUGAAGAGAAAAAGAAUACUCUCGAGGCAUUUGGAUUUUCUCAAUCAUUUUCCAGCCAGGACGACGAAUUCCUCACCCCUAUGGAGAGCUUUACUGCACAAAAGGAGGGAAAUGCAUCUACAUCAGCUGAAAGUGCUAAAAAAACUGUCGAAUGUGAUAAUAUUUCAGUGACCGAGGAUUUCGCGAAAUUAUUGGAGGAUGAUGCGGAGGAUUUCGAGAACAUAGAUCUUGAUAAUAUCACCUGAAUAUUUAUUUAUCAAGGGGUUUGUUUCGAGGAGAGAACAUGGUUUAUAUUUUUGCUAAUAACAUGUGAUGUUUUUUCUAUCAUCAGUUGGAUUAAUCAAUUUGUUAUGCAAUUGUUUCCAAUUAUUUUGUUAUUAUUAUUAUUUUAAGGAGUUUUAUGACCAGAAAAAAGCAUCAUCAGUCAGGACUUUUUUUUAUUUCAGUAGCAAAAUAGUGAGGUGGUUCAGAUAAUUCGAUAACGAAGAGAAAUUUAAUUAUUAAACUCGAUUCAUCUCAUUUACAACUUUAUUAUAGAUAUUUCGUGGACAUACUCUUCCUUAAACGCUUGUUCUUUUCUAUUCCCACAUUUAUUUCUCCCGUCAUCCGGUGAGUUGAAAGGGCCAGAUGUGUCGACAUGGCAACGAGCAAAUGAAAACAAACAAAAAAGCCAUGGUACACUAAAAAUGCCGAUCCUCGAUCUUUUUUCAAUUCCCGUUGAGUUGAAAAUAAAAACACGAUUAUUCGCUAUUAGCACUUCAGUUGUUUAUUUAUUAAUGACAGCUGCCAUAGUUCUGCCAGUGAUUAUUGCGUAUAAUGCCGGAGGAUUUUGGUUGAGGAAUCGAAUGUACCUCGAGUCUCCAAGGAUUCGAUUUAUGUACAAGUAUUUAUUAUUAGCGGAGAGAGAUUUUAACGU